AAGAUAUAUAUAUAAGGUAAUGUUUUAAAACUACUGAGCAUACACUUCAGAAUUAUCGUCGUCUAAAGUUAAUCCUAAUAUUUCUACAAGAUGGCUUUCAAACUCGCUUGCUUAGUCUUGGCGUUGGCAGUAACCUGUUACGGCAUUCCCCACUACGGUGGCGGUGGAUACGGCGGUUCCCAGGGUGGUUACGGUGGCAAUCAGGGCGGUUUCGGAGGUAAUCAGGGUGGUCACGGCAACCAUGGCGGUUACGGGGGCGGUCAAGGCGGCUACCCCAGCAACCAAGGCGGUUACGGCGGUCAAGGCGGUUUUGGUCAGGGAGGUUUCGGAGCCCAAGGUUUCCCACAACCUGGUUCUAACAUUCCUCAAGGCGCUGUAGGACCUAACGGAGGCUUUGGUCAAGGACCACAGGGUGGCUUCGGAGGUCAUAACAACAAUGGAUUCGGAGCUACUGGUGGUUUCGGAGGGUCUGGACCUAACAACGCUUAUGGAUCUGGUGGCCACAGCUCUGGCAGCCAUGGUCAUGGACACCACGGUCACCACGGAGGUUAUCAAGAACAUGGAUACUAAAUUUUUGUUUGAUUUGUACAUAUUGUGCAUUUUGUGUAAAUAAUUUAAUUAUAAGUCUAAGGAAGAAGA